AUGCAACACAAAAGGAGUUUGAUGAGUUACAAGCUUUUCACGUGCGUUGCGGUGGCCAUCUUGUUGACACCUUUAGUGGAUUCCGUGAAAAUCGUGCCUUUGAAAAAGAACUUGAAGACAUUCAACGACUGGACGUGCAACAAACCUCAGCCUCGAGUGAUUCACAUUGACAAUUUGGAUGAGUUCAGCGCACCGAAUGCGAUUUAUUUGCCUUCCGCGUUGGUGAUUCAUCGCUGCGAUCAAUCGACGGGAUGUUGCAAGACGCCCGGUCAGGAAUGCAAAUCGGUGGAAACGGAAGAGGAGGAUGUCCAGUUCGCUAUCCGCGCGAAUUUCAUCGACAAUUCUGGUAGUGGCGAUCCAUCGGCGAAGAGGACGAACAAUCGAAACAAAACGAAGAAGGAAAAGAAAAUGAUGGUGACGCUGAGGAAUCACACGCGAUGCGAUUGCGUCGGGAAAUUGGAUUUAAGAGUAUGAUACGCCUGAGGGUCAAUGUU